GCCACAUCAGCAGCAGGUCACGAGCACAGAUUGCCACAUCAAGCCACGUACCACCUCAGCAUGCCACGACAGCCGAGUGCCCAGUCAGCAGCGGCCACUUCAGCAGUGCCGCAUCAGCAGGUGCCACCUCAGCGUUGGCACGUCAGCAGCAGACGAAGACCAGAGUCCUUAAUGCGCCGCAGUCAACGACUUGCGGAGCGCGGAUCCGCAGGAACCAAGCCCCAACAGGGACCUAAGACACCUCGGAUCCCGUGCAGGCGACGCACGACCAUGGCUGCUACCGCUGACGUCAAUGCACAAGCCAGCCCCAAGGGGCCGGUUACCCCUCCUAUCCCAGUUCAGCAGGCCGAUGAACCACUUCUGGCGUUUCUCAAACGUCUCCAGUUCUACUCGGAGACCACGACAGCUGAACUGAGCAAGUGGAAAGAGGAGGAAGCCGCCCGCCAGCAGGAAAUACAGCGCCAGCUGGCAGAGGCAGAGGGAGCACGUCAGCAGGCCGCAGCAGAAGCUGCAGCAGCCGUACAGUUGCAACAGCAGCAGGUCGAAGCAAGUCAGAACCAAGUUCGUUACCAAGCUACAAUGGAGCUCGCCAACGAAGAAGCCACGUACCAGAGGUUACUCCAACAACAGCAUUUUCGAGCAAAUGAGGAACAAGAGGAGUCGACCGAGGACGAGAGAAACAAGGAGGCCACAACAGUUUUGAUGGAGAAUCUGCUUUACACGUGCAAUUGGCAACAACGUGAACUGUUGGCCAUACGGCAGAUCUUCAUCCGCCAUGAAACGACGUUUAAAACAUUGGACAAGAAGAUCGCUACUAUGCAGGCCGAACUCAGCACACUACACGCCGCCAACAGCCAGCAGCAGACAAUCAACGGCCAGCUGCAGAACGAUGUCAGCACAGGGUUGGCACAACUAUCGGCAGCUGCGUCGAUGGGCAGCGAAGUGGCAGACUGCAGCCCAGCCUUGGCCGCGCAGGCCAAGCAACUCGAGGAGCGGAUCAACCACAUGGUCGCGUCCCUCGGCGACAUCAGCAAGUUUGCUGGAGCGUUGACAGUCAGCAAUCAACUGCAGACGCUCAGCGACCUCGUUCACCAACGACCGGCCGCUGUCGCCAAGGAAUGGAAGAUGCCGAACUUCAAGAUCGAGAAGUUCGAUGACUAUCACAAGACUGAUCCGCUGCAAUGGUGGAUGGCAUUCAACGCAGAGGCGGACGUGCAUCACACUCUAGCACUGCGGCGGCUUGACGCACUCUACCUCCAACUCAUUGGAGGGGCGCAGGCCUUCAUGACGCACAUGGCGGUCACAUUGGAAUGUACCAUCGCCACCCUCCACACCAAGAUCACGUGGGAGGAAUUCGAGCAGAAAUGGAAGACCCGGUUCAUGGUCAACAACGACAAGCGUCACGCCUUGAACAAUAUUUUCCGCAUGUUUCAAGGCCAGCAACCUUCACGGGAGUGGCUGAUGGAGUGGCAAAGACUCGUCGCAACCCCGGAGUUGAACUUACCGUUCGACGCAAUCCGGGCCGAAUUCUUCGCUCGGUCAUGUGACGCCUUGACAGCUUCUCUCGGCAGCGAAUUCCAGUAUGAGACCUUUGAUGACAUGAUCUCAAAGGCAAGAGAACUAAUCCAAGUGACUACGGACGCUUCCGGCUACGGCAUUGGCGCGGUCCUGGAACAUCAUGACGACACAGACUGGCAUCCGGUUGAGUACUUCAGCCGAAAGGUGCCACCCAUCAACACUCUUGAUGAUGCGGGGAAGAAGGAACUGCUAGCUUUUGUCACCGUACUUAAGCGUUGGCAUCACUUCCUCCUCGGGCGUCGGCAAUUCAUGUGGGUGACGAACAACAAUCUGUUGACUUAUUACAAGACGCAAGACACAGUGAGCAGCACGAUUGGUCGAUGGAUGUACUUCAUUGACCAGUUCGACUUCACCUCCAAGCACAUUCCGGGCUCCUCAAACAAGGCAGCGGAUGCUCUAUCGCGAAGACUAGAUCUUUGCGCCUUGGUGCACUCCACAUUCGGCCUCGACGAGAACCUGCAACAACAUGUCGUAAACGGCUACAAGUCGGAUCCGGGAUUCUCCACACUCUAUGCGGACUUAUCAGCGGAUCACCCGCCGACAAGCAAUUAUCGCAUUGUCGACAACUGCGUGCUUCUCCAUACACGAGGCAAGGACUUGUUGUGUGUUCCCCAAGACCGCAUCUUGCGCACUCGCCUCCUUGGCGAAUACCACGAUUCGCGGCUGGCAGGACACCUUGGCGUCGCAUGCACACUUGCAUGACUCCGCCAGUGAUUUCACUGGCCAGACAUCAUCAGCGACGUCAAUCGGUACAUUCAGUCAUGUGCAGUUUGCCAUCGGAACAAAGGGCGCCAUCAGCU